UAUUUGUAUUUGUAGUUACGUGUGAGAGACAGUACGGGGCGGUGCAGCUGCCGGCAGGCGUGCCCUGCUGCCGGGUGCUGGAGCUGGAGCUGGCGCCUCAGCGCCGCGGGCAGCCCCGGGCCGCCUCCCGCCCGGGCGGCCCCGCCACGCCGCGCUCGCCCUUCGCUGGGGCCCGGGCCCGAGUGGGGAGGGGGCCUGUGAGCUGCUGUGUGUGCUCCGGCGUAGUGCUUAGUGAGGCGUGGGAGGGCUGGAGGUGCGCUAAUGGUUCUGACGCCAUGUGGCAUGAAUGUUGGUUUACUUAAAAAUGCAGGCGCUAGUACCAAGGCUUAGCUGGUAGUGAAGUUGAAGCCUAGCAGACCACCUCCUCUUCCACAACGCAGUAAUUUAUCAGCAUUGACAAAAUAUCAUGGAUAAGAACUUUCAAGAAGAACAGUUUACAGGAAUUGCUGAAUUUACACCCCCUUUGUACAAACAACGCUACCAGUUCAUUAAAGAUUUAGUGGGGAAAUACAAACCUAAGAAGGUGGCAGAUUUAGGAUGUGCUGACUGCACACUUCUCUGGAUGCUGAAAUCCUGCAGUUGCAUUGAGGUGUUAGCUGGGCUAGAUAUCUGUGCAAGCGUAAUGAAAGAGAAAAUGCAUAGGUUGUCUCCUCUUCCCGCUGAUUAUUUGAAACCAUCUGAAAGAUCCCUAACUGUUACCUUGCAUCAUGGUUCAGUUGCCCAGAAAGAUCCUUGCAUGCUUGGUUUUGACUUGGUAACGUGUAUUGAACUAAUAGAGCACCUGGAAGAACCAGAACUAAAGAAGUUCCCUGAAGUGGUGUUUGGUUUCAUGGCUCCAAGCAUAGUUGUGAUCAGUACUCCAAAUUCUGAGUUUAACCGUUUGCUUCCAGGAGUGAUGUUAUUCAGGCAUCCAGACCACAAAUUUGAAUGGAACCAAGUGCAGUUUCAAAGCUGGGCUCUAGAGACUGCUAGACGUUAUGAUUACUCAGUGGAAUUUACUGGUGUAGGGCACCCGCCAACAGGAAUGGAGAAUGUUGGGUUUUGUACCCAAAUAGGUGUGUUUCUUAGAAAAUAUCCUCAAACCAGUGAAUCUGCUCAAUCUGAGAAACCCACUCAAGCAGUUUACAAAACGGUCUUCAAAGCAGUGUAUCCAAGUCUUAAAGAUGAGAAGUACCUGCAGAAUGCAGUGGUCAGUGAAGUUAUUUUCACAGCACAAAUCAUUAAGCAAAGUCUGCUGAACCAUUUAAUGUCAGAACAUGAUCCUACCGAGAGAAAAUCCAAAUUCCGACCCUCGAUGAGCUGUUUUUCAGAAGGUCUUGGAAAACUAGUUGCUGGAAAAAGCAUGGAACCAUUUGUUAAUGGAAAUGUGGUUUAUAUACCUCUUACAACAAUCUUUUCUUUUCCCAAAGUUAAAAAUCUUUGUGGUACCUUUGAGAAGUUAUGCAGGCUUAUUGCUGGCAAGGUCACGCUGAGCAGUGAUGGUUCUACUGUGAUGUUCAGUACUGAACAUGAAAAUUAAGAGAAUUGGAUCACAGAUUUCUUAUACAAAGUUCAGGUAAAGUAAUGAAAGUAUUUUCUUAGUAGCUGUCAGAUGGUGUGUUCUUUUAUGCUAAUGAGAACCACAAGAUCUCACAAUUUACCCAUCAGCACCUCUCUGAUUCAGUGAACGUGAGUGCUGACAAAGACUGCAGUAACUCAUAAGGUUUUGAAGUAGAGUAUCGGGGCUAAAAGGAAAGAAUUUAAUUCCUGUGAAGAAAAACUUAAAGAAUUUCUGUUUGUUUUCUAUUACUAUAUUGUAGCUAUUGUUACUAGAUUGUUUUUGGUAAUCGUUUGUUAGCUCCAAGGGUAGUUGAAGAUAACACAGAACUGUGGUGUUAUGCUGAAUAAUCUGAGUCAGACCUGGGUUUAGGACAAGUUUUUUUUUUCUUAACAAGAUAAAAUGUAUAGAUACCUUUUUCAAGAUGAGCACGUACUCCAUCUUCAGGAAAACCAAAUCUUGUUCCAGAUAAACUGGAAUAUGCCACAAACAUUUAUAGCUCAGUAAAUCCAAUACUGGGGAAGAGUGCCAUGAUGUUGAUACAAUAUGAGGAAAAAAAAAGGUAGAUUUAGCCCUAUUGUUUUAUCCAGUUUCUUGAUAACUGCUGCUUGGGGAAUAACUUGCAUCCUGUAACUUUCCAAAAGCUGAAUUUAAUUAAUUUGAAACUGGUAUCUUUGACUAUUCUGGGGGUUUUUUUGCGGGGUGAAAAAUAAAGUCUGUCAUUGUGAAUGCUAACCUGGCCCCAGUGUACAAAAAAAUGUCUGCGUUUUCACGUGCAGCUGUUGUCCAAAAAAUCUUGACAGCACAUUCAGCAGAAAGUAAAAGCAGAGGUGUUACAGAUAGUAGAGCUUACUGGCUUGGCCAAGAUGCCUUUUGCCUAAGUAGAGCUGAAUUGUAGGUGUAAGUGCACAGUAAGCAAAUACUAGACGAUGGACUUCUAAAGACACAGAUUUUGAAGGAUGGACAAGACUGGCCUGUUGAUACAGGAUUAAUGAGGCAACACACUGGAGUUAAGUUUAUUUGCGUACCUGAAUUUUUUAUAACCAAUAAUUUUAAUAUCUCAACUGAGUAUUUGUUUUAAGUGAAGAGAUGCUUAAUUAAAAGGCCUCAUUUGGUGCAUGUUUUGCAAUGUCAUUGGCAGCUUUGAAUGAGCUAGUAUUAUCAGAACCAACUUGUGUGAAACAUGAAAGUUCACAAGUUUCUGCAAGUAAGAAAUUCUGUGUAAGGCCUGACAGUUUCUUAGAGAAGAUGACUGCAUUCUACUGUCUAAAUUUUUGAAAUUAAUUUGAACUGAUUAGGGUGAAAGAUCAGACAUAAAGGGGAGAGGCAACUGUAAUUCUCUGAAUUGAGAAAUGGUACAGGAUCUAUAACAGGCUGAGCUUCAGGGAAAGAAGAAUGAUCUGCAGUGCUCUGUCGUACUGAAUGAUUAACAUAUGCUUAAUGAGCUUUGUCUUUUGUGGGAGAUUUUUCUCCUACCACAAAUAGACAUGGAUUAUUAAAAUCUAAUACAUUUAGAAUUAAUUUUCAGAAUUAAUGUAAUUAAAUUUCACCUUUAAUCAAUAUUAAAAAUGGUUUCUUUUUUUUUUUUUUUAGAUUGUGAUAUGAACUUGCCAUAGUUGGUAUGUUACAAUAUACGUACAAUUAAAAAUUGGUAAAUAUUCUUUGGACAGUAAUAAGCAUAGCUGUUUGAGAAUGGCAUUGGGUUGUUAUGAAAAGAUACCUCUGCAGUUCACUGUACAAUUUACUAUAGUUAGAAAAAUUUUUUGGACCACAGAACUUCUCCCUGGGUUGUUUCCUCUUGCAAUGUUAUAUCUUUAGUGUACUUUAUAGCAUAAUCACUUUAAAAUAAGGAAAAGGGAAAAGAAGGUGGACCUGUUGGAUCUGGCGUUAUAUUUGCCUUGAAUUUUGUAUUCAGGUAACAUCUAAUUACAGGAAUGCCUCAUGAACAGACAAGAUUGUAUAUGAAUACAUGCUUGUUUUUCCUCAAAACAUUAUACCCUUAAGGCUUCAUAGCUACAUUUGGAAAAAGGUUUAUGUGGAUAUUGGGUGGACAAAUGUCAAGGAGCCUAAAUGGUAAUUAAUUUUUAGGAGGUUCAUGGAUCCAUUGUAAGAAAGUUUAAUCUUUAAUGAUAGCUAGGGCAAAUAUCAAUUCUUACAUUCUUGCUUACGCCUUUUCCUGAGGAAAAUCUUAAGUCAGACUACAGAUGUUUGGCCCUACAUGUUCAGUGUUCCUUGGUAUGUAUAUGUGUACUGAAACUGAAGAAGCUGUUACAUAUCACAUACAGAAGUACUGUUCAGAAUAUGUACAUUUUACUGGACUGCUAGCUUUUAGUAACACAAACUGCUGGUUUGUAUGUCAGGUUUCUACUGGCUGAAAGCAAUUUUAAUUAAGGUUUUCUUUAAAGUACUGAAGUAACCAUCUUUUCGGGAGCAGUUAAACACUUUGUCAGGGUUCAUUGUGCAUAGCUUUUCAUUAUCGGGUUGGUCUUUUGAUUAAACUAUUACGCAUA